UGAAAUCUGAAGAUUCUUGAACCUCCCACAACGAGAAACGUUCAAAUCGAGCUUAUGAUUCUGUGUCCUUAUACUGUUAACAUUCUCGUCAGCAACAGAAUCCCACAAAAGAUCUUUUGGCAGUCGACUAAAAGUUCCCGUUUUUAACAAGUGGGCAGUGGUAGACUGUUGGUUAAAUUUGCUGACAGUGGAGUGUCUGUUUGUGUGGCUGAGGAGUGCAAGAAAGUGAUGCAAUUGCUAGUGUGUGUGGUGUGUGAGAAUUAAGGAGUUUGUGGAUCUUUCAAGAGCCAGAGAGAAGUCUUCCUUUGUUUUCUUUCAUUGCACUUUUCGUAAAGAUUUGAGAGCUUUGUGGGCAGAAUCUCAUAAGAAAGCCUGUCACUAUUCUAGUUUUGGAAAUCUUUGAAAAGAUUUUUUAAGCUUUGAAGUGAGAAGAUGAUGAAGAAUUCGGUAUCCGAUCAGAGUUUCUACAUAGAAAGUGAGGAAGAGGAUGAGGAGAAGUUGUAUGACAAAGAUGAAGACAACGGGGCUGGGAAUGAUUCUGAUUCUUCCCAUUACUCCACUGAUAAUGAUAAUGAAAACCGGCAGCAAAGCAAGCCCAAUUCUCUCAACCCCUCUUGGCCUCAAAGUUACAGGCAAUCCAUUGAUCUAUACAGUAGUGUCCCAUCUCCGAGUCUUAAUUUUCUCGGGACACCAACAUUAUCACGCCUAAGCAGCUCGUUCCUUUCAUCAUCCCUUACAAGGAGGCACACUCCCGAGAUAUUACCGUCUCUGAGUAAGCCUCUCAUACCGCCUGUAGAGGACGAGAAGCCUAAAGAAAGACGCAGCUCACAUUCUCUGCUGCCUCCGAUUCCAUCAAGGAAGCCCAGUUUGAAGAAAGUAACCCCUGAUGGGAAAGUAUCGGUCUCACAUGAACUUCCGAUUUCUCGCCAUAGUUCAUAUGGCCAGGCUGUGCUAAAUGGCAUGAAUGUCUUAUGUGGAGUUGGAAUCCUUUCUACUCCUUAUGCUGUCAAAGAAGGAGGCUGGCUUGGCCUUUCCAUUUUAUUGACUUUUGCUGUACUUUCUUACUACACCGGAAUCCUCUUACGGUCCUGUUUGGACAGUCAACCUGGGCUCGAAACUUACCCAGACAUUGGCCAGGCCGCCUUUGGUACCACUGGACGUGUUGCCAUAUCUAUAAUAUUGUACGUCGAGUUAUAUGCUUGUUGCGUUGAAUAUAUAAUUUUGGAGAGUGAUAACUUGUCAUCUUUAUUUCCAAAUGCACAUUUGAACUUUGGAGCAUUCGAAUUGAACUCUCAUCAUCUUUUUGCGGUAAUGACUGCGCUUGCUGUUCUCCCAACCGUCUGGUUACGGGACAUGAGCGUUCUUAGCUACAUCUCCGCCGGAGGAGUUAUUGCGUCGAUCUUAGUGGUUGCUUGUUUGUUCUGGGUUGGAUUAGUGGACCAAGUUGGUUUUCAGACCAAAGGGACGACACUGAACCUUUCGACUCUUCCGGUUGCUAUUGGUCUGUAUGGCUACUGCUACUCCGGCCAUGCUAUCUUUCCCAACAUUUAUACGUCAAUGGCGAAACCUAGUCAGUACCCUGCUGUCCUUCUAACAAGCUUUGCGAUUUGCACCGUGAUGUAUGCGGCAGUCGCAGUUCUGGGGUACAUGAUGUUUGGAGAAUCGACGCAGUCACAGUUCACCCUCAACAUGCCGCAAGAUUUAGUUGCAUCUAAAAUCGCUUUGUGGACUACGGUAGUCAAUCCAUUUACAAAAUAUGCAUUAACCAUGUCUCCUGUGGCAAUGAGUUUGGAGGAACUGAUACCGUCGAGCCACGCCAAAUCAUACAUGUAUUCGAUCCUCAUAAGAACAGCGUUGGUGAUAUCAACUUUGCUCGUCGGCCUUAGCAUUCCCUUCUUUGGUCUUGUGAUGGCCCUGAUUGGUUCUUUACUCACGAUGCUAGUUACGUUGAUUCUUCCAUGCGCUUGCUACUUGAGCAUCUUAAGGGGGAAAAUAAACGCACUCCAGGGAUCGAUGUGCAUAUUGGUGAUUGGAGUUGGCGUAGUGUCGUCGGCGUUCGGAACGUAUUCAGCCCUCUCCAAGAUUGUCCAGAGCUUGAGCUGAUACUUUUGCAGUGUGUUUCUUAGGAACAGAUAAAUACAUACACACAUAUCUCCAGUUUUGCAGAUUUCUAUUUGCUUCUCUUUUGCAUUCCUAUUGCAACUCUGACGUGCGGAUUUUCUAUUACACUUUUGUGUCAUAUGGUACUUGGCUUCACUUUCAUUAAACUAUAUUUUUUAAUAAACCAUCCAAUUGAAGAGAUCAUUUGAAGUGUUUGUUU